CCAAGAUACCUCGUUUGAUUCUCCAUCUUCACAAACCAAAUUUGUCGAACAUUAUUCGACAUAUCACAUUCUUUUAAAAAUUCCUGUAAUAAAUCAAACUACUUUCAUUCCGAAUUGAAAAUGCGUCUCUCACUCAUCAUCGCUAUCUUGCCAUUGGCUCUCGCCGCACCCACUAAGCGACAACUCAGUGGUCUUCUUGGAGGAGCAACAGGCACCUCAGCCGGUAGUGGUGAUCUCUUGUCGGGACUCACGGGAGGAACAACAGGCACUUCAGCUGGUGGUGGCGACCUCUUGUCCGGACUCACAGGGGGAGCCACAGGCACCUCAGCCGAUAGUGGUGACCUCUUGUCCGGACUCACAGGGGGAGCCACAGGCACCUCAGCCGACAGUGGUGACCUCUUGUCCGGACUCACGGGAGGAACCACGACAGCUACCGGUGGUGGUGACCUCUUAUCCGGACUCACAGGAAGAGCAACAGGCAUCUCAACCGAUAGUGGUGACCUCUUGUCCGAACUCACAGGAGGAGCAACCACAGCUAAAGGUGGUGCUACCACCGCUGAUGCUGGAGGAGCUCAAGGAAUAGACACACUUAUCAGUGGCUUGACCGGCGGUGUAAAUACCAUUGGUGCCGGGGCCACCGGAGCCACUGGAGCUACGGGAACUGGAGCUGCAGGUGCAGGCCUUCUUUCUGGACUGACUGGUGCUGUUUAGAAACUUGAAGCUGAGAUGGGAAAUUGCUGGGCAGGAAAUGCUUAUGGAUGGAGAGAUGAGCAGAACUUUCAUUUAUGUUUCAAUUCUAUAUUAGGCAACAAAUUAUUUAUACCAUGUUUUCUUUUACACAUUCCCAUGGGCAUCAGUGGCAAGAUUCCACUACACAAUGAAAUGAAGUUUUGU